UGCAUACAAAUCGGACUCGCAGGCUUACACUCUCGCGAGAAACAGUCGCGAAAGCGCCGGAGUGAUUGGUGCUUAUCAGAAUUAGAAAAUAGCGCAAGCUUCACAUUAGUUGGUCAGUAUCAAAAAUGUUACGAGUGAAGAAUAUACAAACUGUAAUAGUCUUAUAGAAAUUCGAACCGUUUUUAUAUACUUUCCUAUACCUUUUAUUAUUAUAAUAAACGAUCGAAAAAUGAGCGGAAAAAAUAAAGAAAUAAAACGCGCUAAUAAAUCGUCAUCCUCAUUGAAGUGCUGCCAAGUUUUUGAUUCGAUGACUUCCUUAUCCGCGGCUGAUCAAGGUAUUGUUUGCGAGGCCAUGAACAAUUUCGUUGUAAAACCCUCCGGUCCUAAAGAAGUGUACAAUAACAAUUACAACUAUCAUACCAACACGUACGAAAUCAAACACGAAUUUCCGAAAAGGCCGCCAGCUACAUUAAAAUUCGAAAAAGUUACAUAUACAUCGACGACCUGGUCUUUGCCAAAAUUUAAAUCAGAUCAAAAAAAAAUUCUUCAUGGCAUAUCCGGUGAAUUCAAAUCUGGUGAACUUUCAGUAAUUAUGGGACCAUCAGGAUCAGGAAAAACGACCCUUCUUAAUAUCCUGGCUGGAUUUACAACAAAAGGCAGUUCUGGUAACGUUUAUAUAAAUGACAUUCCUAGAGAUCAUAGUCAUCGAUUUAGAAAAUUAUCGGCUUACAUUCCACAAGAAGAAGAACUAAGAUUAGGUUUAACAGUAAUUGAAAAUAUGACCAUUGCCGCCCAUUUAAAAUUGGGAUAUACAGUAUCCUUGGAAUACAAAAUUAUGCAGGUGGUAGAACUCCUCGAACUGCUUGGCUUAGAAGAAUGUCAAAGUGUAAUGACGAACAGAUUAUCUGGAGGACAACAGAAGCGCCUUGCAAUUGCCUUAGAAUUAAUAAGCAACCCCCCAAUUUUAUUUUUAGAUGAACCAACAACAUGUUUUUUGUCAAUAGACUUUUGGCUCACAUAGUAAUUGGUCUUAUAUUUGGUUACUUGUACAUUGACGUGGGCACAGGGGCAAACACCGUCUUAGCCAACUACGUCUAUUUAUAUGGCUCGCUGUUACUUAUUGUUUAUACAGGAAAAAUGUCCGUUACGUUAUCUUUUCCAUUAGAAAUGAAAGUGCUAACGCGGGAACAUUUUAAUAGAUGGUACAACUUGCCACCUUAUUUAUUAUCAGUUCUCUUAAUCGAAGUGCCGUUUCAGAUUUGUUGCACUUGGAGUUACAUUGGAAUAAGUUAUUGGCUUACAUCACAACCAUUUGGUUUCCGAUUUUAUCUGUUUGUUCUUUUAUGUACCUUAUCAACCCUUUGUGCACAAGCUUGGGGUUACUUUAUAGGAGCUACGACACCUACAAAGAUUGCAGUGUUCUUAGGUCCUGUAGUAGCGUGUCUGUUUUCUAUUUUCGGAUUUUGUAUAAGAUACAGAGACACCCCCGUC